AUGGCUGGUUCUUCUCACGCUAGACUCCUUGGCUCUACAUUCGAGUGCCGCUCCGAUCCCGUUCUUGCUGUUGCAGCUGGUCGUCGAGGGAACAGCUAUGGCCGAUUCGCUCACGAAGCCAAAUCGGUGAAGGGAACGGUCGCGUCUCACGGCUUGUCUUCAUUCCCGAUUUUUAAGUUUCCACCGAAUUUUGUCAGGCAACUCAGUAACAAAGCGCGUAGAAACUGUAGCAAUAUUGGUGUUGCACAGGUUGUUGCGGCUUCGUGGUCGAACAACUCUCCUCCUUCCUCGGCGGCGGCGGCGGCGGCGGCGGCUAAUGCCGUUGACACCGCUGCCGCUGCCGCAGUGCCUACCGCCUCUGAUGCGGUAGCGCUGGAAGGUUGCGUUGGGAGUGAGGGUUUGAAGGUAGAGGAGGAGGGUUUAGGUGAUUCCAGAACCUCUGUCUUCGAUUGCGAUGGGAGUGUUGCAAUCCACGCUGGCGAAAGAUUUGGUCGUGGUAGAGCUGACGACGCUAUAACUACGCCGGUGGUUAAUACUUCCGCUUAUUUCUUUAAAAAAACUGCUGAUCUCAUCGAUUUCAAGGAGAAGCGCGCUGUGAGUUUCGAGUAUGGACGCUAUGGAAAUCCAACGACAAUUGUUGCGGAGGAGAAGAUAAGUGCUUUAGAAGGGGCUGAAUCUACCCUGAUUGUGGCCUCAGGGAUGUGUGCUAGCACGAUGAUGUUGCUGGCGUUGGUUCCAGCUGGAGGGCAUAUCGUGACGACCACAGAUUGCUACAGGAAGACGAGAAUUUUUAUUGAGACCAUGCUUCCCAAAAUGGGAAUCACGGCUACCACCAUUGAUCCGGCCGAUAUGAACGCCCUUGAAGUAGCUCUGAAAGAGAACGAUGUUUCUCUUUUCUUCACUGAAUCCCCAACAAAUCCAUUUCUGAGAUGCGUUGAUAUUAAACUCGUUUCAGAGAUGUGUCAUCGACAUGGAGCAUUGGUGUGUAUUGAUGGUACGUUUGCCACACCAUUGAACCAGAAGGCACUUUCACUGGGCGCUGACCUUGUUCUUCACUCUGCAACUAAGUACAUUGGGGGCCACAAUGAUGUCCUUGCUGGUUGUGUAAGUGGUUCUCUGAAACUGGUUUCAGAGAUUCGGAAUCUUCAUCAUGUGAUAGGUGGUGCCUUAAAUCCAAAUGCUGCUUACUUAAUUAUACGAGGCAUGAAGACAUUGCAUCUUCGUGUUCAGCAGCAGAAUUCCUCAGGUCUGAAGAUGGCAAAGCUUUUAGAGGCUCAUCCUAAGAUCAAAUGUGUUUACUACCCUGGACUGCCAAGUCAUCCUGAACAUAAUCUUGCCAAAAGGCAGAUGACUGGUUUCGGGGGCGUAGUUAGUUUCGAGGUUGAUGGCGAUUUAACGACCACCAUAAAAUUCAUUGACUCAUUAAAAAUUCCAUACAUUGCUCCAUCAUUUGGUGGGUGUGAGAGUAUCAUAGACCAGCCAGCAAUAAUGUCAUAUUGGGAUCUUAACGAAACAGAGAGGCUUAAGUAUGGGAUAAAAGACAAUUUGGUGCGCUUCAGCAUAGGAAUUGAGGACUUUGAGGAUUUGAAGGCUGAUAUUCUGCAGGCUCUUGAUGCCAUUUAAAGCUGAACACAGAUAAUUAAGCCCUUUCUCUCUCUAUUUGGAUAUCAUCUUGCCUUUGGUCUUGAGUGUUGGUGGUAUCAAUUUUUGAAUUUUGAUUUGCCAACUCCCGUCGUAUUGUUAAUGAUGUCAAAUUCGAUCGAAAUGGAGGCAUCUUCAUUUGUAUGGUAACACCCUUAUUUUCCCCUACCCCUCAGGAACAGAAAAUGAUCCCUAAACAUUGUUGUUAUUUUCCUUAACCAAUUCAUCCAGGUUAAAAUGUCUUUUUCUGAAUA